GACCUGCAACUCCUUAGUUUGGUUUCUUAUAGCAGUUUUUGGCACAGUAUUUUCCAUCAAUAUUUGUAAGUCAAAACUAGGGGUGGAACCGAAAGAGGAAAAAAAAAAACAGAAUGUAAAGAUUUGCACCUUUUCCAUGUUUUGGGCCCUCUUCAUGUUUUGGCUUACAAAUACUGGUGCAAAAUACUGAGCCAAAUAUUGCAGUGUAAAACCAGCCCAGGUACCAUUGUAUGUAACAAUGUGUACAUCAAGUUACUUUUCACAGUGUUUACCAGUGCGUAUGUCAUGUGUACUUAUCCCAAAUGUAUUUUUUUUAAAAGGUGCACGUUCUUCAUAAAUAACUAAAUAGCUUAGAUCUAAGUAAGUUUCAAAGUCUGGUCCAAGUCAUGUCUAAUCUUUCUGUGGAGUCUGCACGGAAAUGCAUUGCCGUCUAUGAGACGGCACAUCUCCGAGUAGUCCUUGCGUCGACAUGUUCUGGUGGCGCUCCGCUGUCGAGGGAAAGUCCGCACAGAAAUUUUCCAUGCGGACAUCGCCCGUGUGAACACAGGCUGAGAGUUUCAGUAAAAUAACUUGAGCGAAAAAGUCCCAAAAUGUUGUAAAAUCACGCUACCUACAAAAACCGUGUGGCAAAUGUACACAAAAAAAGGCUGUGUAAGUACAAUGGUAACUUCUGAUGAGCUGUUCACAUCUUGUCCUGAUGAGAUGGAUUAUACAUUGUCUGUGUGCAGUCCCAGUCUAGGACAAUGGAGAUGCUUCUUCCAGGAAGCUCCUAAUAACGUGAUUUUAUUCAUACUUGAAUUGUUUAGAACAGUGAUCAGGUUAUAGAUCAAUGUUUCCCAAACCAGGAUGCAUGCUGGGAUUUGAGGUUUUGCAACAGCUGGAGGCACCCUGGUUGGUAAACACUGUUAUGGCUAAUAGAGAACUGAGGCUCAGCAGAUUUCGCAGUAAGAAGCAGGCAUCUGGUCAUAUUUUAAACAAGUGCAACUAGCACUAUUCCUCACUCCCUGUAUUUUCUCAUGGAUGUGGGUGUAGAAAUGCUAUGUUCAGCAUGUAAAUUACAUUUCCCCAGACUAUGGAAUGUUGUGGAACUCCUCUCUAGAGACCAGUGUGCCUGCCCUUCAGUCUCAGUUUUGCAUAGGGGCUGACACCUGACUGCAACAGGACCCAAGCAGUUCCCGAAAGCGCCGAGUAAGGCAGACAAGCCUUCUCAUGUGAAGCGGUUCAGCUCCUCCAGAACGGCAGCUCCUUCAAGACGUCUGCAGGUGAACUAUCCAACCGACAAGCAACAGCGCCUUCUAGUGGCCGCAUCCUCGUCUCACACUCUCACUGGUGAGAUUGUAGCUUAGCUCCAGGCAAACGCUUGAGUGUGCACUGAAUGGAUAGCUAGACAGACCCAGCUAUGAAAAGCAAGAGGAGAUUAAUGAAGAGGGACAAGACUUCAAUUCCCCACUGGAACAAGGUCACUCGUGGACUCAUCUACACAGAGGGGCUGCUGCAGCCUAGAGGCAUUGACAAGUUGGUGGACAUCAACAGCAAAUUCCGAAUCUGACCAUCCACAAAGUUCUCUUCUUGCUUUCCCUAGAAAGUCUGAGGGACUUGAACUGACAGCACUCUGCCCAUCCCUGUCAUCUCUUGCAAUGGCUGAAGUUGGAGGCUUUUUGGCAUCUCUGGAUAUAGAUUUGCAUGGAUUUUCCUCAUCUCUUGGGAAUGUUCCUUUAGCUGACUCUCCUGGGUUUCUGAAUGAAAGACUGGGUCAGAUAGAAGGGAGGCUGCAAAGAGGUUCACCCACUGAUUUUGCUCACCUAAAGGGCAUCCUGAGGAGAAGGCAGCUCUACUGCAGAACUGGGUUUCACCUAGAGAUCUUCCCCAAUGGGACAGUACAUGGCACAAGACAGGACCACAGCAGAUUUGGAAUUUUGGAGUUUAUUAGCUUGGCUGUUGGUCUUGUCAGCAUCCGUGGUGUGGACUCUGGACUGUACUUGGGCAUGAAUGAGAGAGGAGAACUGUAUGGGUCGAAAAAGCUGAACAGGGAGUGUGUUUUUCGGGAGCAGUUUGAAGAAAAUUGGUACAACACGUAUGCAUCCACCUUGUAUAAGCAUACAGACACCGAGAGACAGUUCUAUGUGGCCCUAAAUAAAGAUGGAUCUCCAAGAGAUGGAUAUAGGACUAAACGACACCAGAAGUUCACACAUUUUCUUCCAAGGCCUGUGGAUCCUUCUAAAAUACCGGUUAUGUACAGAGACCUUUUUCACUAUAGGUGAUGUUCCGCUACCUACUGAUGCCAAUGUAUAUACAUGGGACUCUUACAGUGGCUGGAGCGCUGUUUGAAAUGCUACUUUGGCCUGAAGACACAAUCCUUUUAAACCGUUGUUAGAGGACCUGUUUAAAAGGUUUGUGUUCUAGAAGAAAAGAGUUAUGGCCGUCACAAUAUAGACCACUUUUCCUUUUUAUAUAAAAGAGAUACUUACUUUUGUAAAUAUAGAUAAGACAAUAGGUACUUUGUACCAUUCUCUACCAACAAACGUAUACCACUGGUUACCAGUCUUUGGAACCCACUAUUAAUAAGCAUUCCUGACAUUGGUUGAGUUAAAGCAUUCAGUAGAUAAAAGGCCAGCAAUAAUGGCUCUUUGUGGUCUUUUUGGUACUGAAGGCUUUAGACAGAGAGUAAUGGUACUGUGCUUGAAUGUAUGAGAGCAUUAUCCUUUUAAGGGGAUCAUUAUAUUUGUUCCUAUUAUAAAUGAAAAAAAAAUCUUUAAAGGGGAUUCUUUUUGGAAUCCCUUGAAACAUGGUAUAUUGGUGCUGUGGGCUUACAAAAUGGCAAACAGUUGCACUGCCCUGUGGCUUAUGAAUAAUGUAACCAAAAAUCAACUCAUGUUAGAAAUUCACAUGUAAAAUUCUAAACGACUGUGAACUAUCACUGAAAUCUUCCACAAGCAUUAGCACACGACUAGAAGCUGUAGGGAGCUUAUAGAGAAUGAUACAGAUGACAUGCACACGUUACAGUAGACUUGUGUGUAACACUACUAUAAAGGUUGGCAAAUGGUAUCAACCCCUCUAGCAGCUCAGCUCAGCUUCAUAAAAACAUCCCUAAGGCACACAAAUAGAUACAUAUGGAGCAAAUAGGAUGAUUUGAAGUCCAACCUUAGUGUGCUCCAUCUAGUGCCUUAUAUAACCAGAAAUCACAGACCCACUAACCUUUCACACACACACACACAUAUAUAUAAUAUAUAUAUAU